CGGGUUUAGUCGCGUGGAGCAAACGCAGCUGAAAGGAUCAGCAAAGAUCAGAUCAAACAAUUGUUGUGGCUAUUAUUUGUGUUGUUAUCGCAGUUUGGAAGUGUACUGCUGAAUUAUGACGAUUUUCAUUGCCAAAAUUAAGGUUUUGUUCUGAUGCUUAUCUGUCGUAAAAAGCGUCAUGACAGUAUAAAACUGAAGGCUCAUUGUUAUAAAAGUAUUUUAAACUGAAUUCAGAUAACAAGUGAAAUAAAUAAAUCUCGACAAGCAAAAUAAUAUUAAGUUUACAACUUAAUUGUGCUAACUAAACAUUAAAUCUGGGAAGUUCAGUGUACGAAAUGAGGUCGCUAAGGCAACUCGGCUUUUUUCUGAGUGUAGUCCUAUGGAUUAGGCUGUGCCAGGGAACAAUGGAAUCUACCAAGCCAAAUAUAAUCAUAAUACUGAUAGAUGAUAUGGGUUACAAUGAUGUGAGUUUCCAUGGCUCGAAUCAGAUUCUAACGCCUAAUAUUGAUGCCUUUGCCUAUAAUGGAAUAAUACUUAAUCGGCAUUAUGUGCCCAAUCUCUGCACACCCUCGAGGGCGACUUUGCUGACCGGAAAGUACCCUAUACACACAGGGAUGCAGCAUUAUGUUCAGAUACCUGAUGAGCCCUGGGGGCUGCCAUUAGGGGAGCGCCUGAUGCCGCAGUUUUUCCGAGAUGCAGGCUACUCCACGGAGUUGAUUGGCAAAUGGCAUUUGGGAUUUUGGCGUAAGGAUAUGACGCCCACGAUGCGUGGCUUUGAUCAUCAUUAUGGCUACUAUAAUGGCUACAUUGACUACUAUGAUCACACGCAUCAUAUGCUGAAUAAGAAUUACACGGCUGGCGUUGAUUUCCGGCGGGAUUUGAAGCGAUGGCAUUUGGAUAAUGGCACAUAUGCCACAGAGGCAUUCACAGCGGAGGCAAGACGUGUAAUUAAACAACAUGACAAGAGGCGUCCACUUUUCAUGGUACUCAGCCAUCUGGCGGUGCACACGGGCAAUGAGGACAAUCCCAUGCAGGCUCCCGAGGAGGAAGUUGCCAAGUUUUCUCACAUUAAGGAUGCCAAACGACGCACGUAUGCGGGCAUGAUCUCCAGUCUGGAUAAGAGCGUGGGACAGACAAUGAGAGCUCUUUCCGAUCGCGGCAUGCUCAACAAUAGUAUUAUACUGCUCUAUUCGGACAAUGGAGCUCCUACGCUGGGCAUACAUUCCAAUGCCGGCUCUAAUUAUCCUUAUCGAGGCCAAAAGGAAUCUCCGUGGGAGGGUGGAAUACGGUCGGCAGGUGCCAUUUGGAGUCCUUUGUUGAAGCAGAAAGCAUAUGUAUCCAAUCAGGUGAUCCAUGCCAUCGACUGGUUGCCCACUCUGGCAGCAGCAGCUGGCGUUCCGCUUCCCAAUAAUCUCCAAUUGGAUGGAGUUAACAUGUGGCCCUCGUUGAGUGGCAACUUGGAGCCACAGUCGAGGAGUUUGAUUCACACCCUGGACGACAUCUUUGGCUACUCCUCGUAUAUGCGGGACAAUCUAAAGUAUGUGAAUGGCAGCACUUUCGAGGGUCGCUUCGACAAUUGGCUGGGCGAAUUGCCAGCUGAUGAGGAUGAUCCACACAGCGCCUACUACGUGCAACAGGUUCUCUCCUCGGAGGUGCAACAGGUGCUCGGCAGUCGUACUUUGACCAACAAUCGCAUCGAGCAGCUGCGUUCCGAUGCCACUCAAAGGUGUCCCACUAACGAGCAGAAUCACACCCAACCCAUCUACCUCUGUCAGCCCCUGGAGGCACCCUGUUUCUUCAACCUGGCCAAGGAUCCAUGCGAACGCUACAAUCUGGCCAACCUGUAUCCCCUGCAGUUGCAACUACUCGAACAGGAGGUCCAUCAAUUCCGAUUGAGCGCCGUUAAAAGCGCCCGUGUCCCUAAGCCGGAUCCGCGUGCAAAUCCCGCAUUCCAUGGCGGUUACUGGGAAUGGUGGAAUAACACUUCGUCGAGUGGUUCCUCUAUAUGCAAUUGGAAUAUAUUCAACUGGCUCCCAUUGUGUCAAUAAUAUUGCCAAUUAAUAAUUAACAAUUAUACUUAAGUAUAUUUGAGUUGUAUAAUGCAAAUAAAAUGCGAAAAACAUCUGUUGAAAAGUAGA